CAACAAGCUAGGUGCGACCUGAUAACACAGUAUACUCCAGAACAAUGUGCUGUUUAUGUAAAAUGAGUUCUCUCAUCUUAACUUUCGUAGCCCUUUCAUUACUCGACGGCCGGAUUCUGGUCGCUCGAGCUCAACCAGCUCCAAUUAACAAUCCCCCAGUAGUUCCUCGGCCUCCCAUUAACCAGCCACCAGUGGUUCCUAACCCUCCAAUUACUCAGCCUAUAACUCCGACCCCUUCCACCACACAGACUUCAGUAACCCCGCCUCCGGCUGAAUACUAUUUCACCGUAGAGGAUGCAAGUUUUACGAAAUUUUGCGAAACCAGGACCAUUCUGACGAUGAACGGAACAUAUCCUGGACCUGAGAUUCGGAUUCAAAGAGGACAGACAGUGCGUGUUCAUGUCCUGAAUAAAGGGACUUAUGGUAUCACCAUUCACUGGCAUGGUGUGAAGCAACCAAGGAAUCCAUGGUCUGAUGGCCCAGAAAAUGUGACACAAUGUCCAAUCCAGCCUGGAAAAAGUUUUACAUAUGAAGUUGUAACAUCUGAUGAGAUUGGAACUUUAUGGUGGCAUGCUCACAGUGAUUGGUCUCGUGCCACUGUUCACGGUGCUUUUGUCAUCUUGCCUCCUACAGACGAAAUACAAGACACUCCAUAUCGAUUUCCAAAUCACACACUUGUAUUCUCAACGUGGUAUAAUCAAGAUUUGAAAGAAAUAAGUGAUAUUAUAGCUGCAAACGGUAGUGCUAUAGCUAAUGCAACUGGCUACACCCUCAAUGGCUUGCCUGGAGAUCAAGUUCUAUGCGGCAACGUUUCAGAGCCGAUCUAUAAUAUGACAGUUAAACGUGGGGAAACUUAUCUUCUCCGCCUUGUCCACGCUGCAAUGCACGAACCACAGUAUUUUGGCAUCACGGGUCAUAACCUAACGGUUGUUGCACGAGAUGGGGCAUUAGUCAAGCCAUUUUCCACAGAAUAUGUUCUGUUAUUCCCAGGGCAAACCAUGGAUGUUACAUUCGAGGCAAACCAGAACCAUAGUCGAUAUUACAUGCUUUAUCGAUAUUUUGAUGAUAGUCGGGUCAACACUAACGACCAAAAUACCACAGGAUUUCUCAUAUACUCUGACCCAGUUGAUUCAACAAUCAAUACAACAUUCCCAACCCUCCCUGGUGCUACAGAUAACUCCACUGCAUUUAAUUUCACAGCCCAACUCCGGAGUUUAUAUUCCAGAACAGAUGCAGAAGUCCCUCGAGGCAAUGUUAAUCUUACUCGGAUCAUUUUAAAGGUGCAAGUAGACAGAGUAAAUUGCACUGGUUCACCUAAUUGUCCAUCAGGAGGAGGCAAAGGCGCUGCAAGCUUUAACAGAAUUAGUUUUGCAGCCCCAACUGAGCUAGAUAUUCUGCGGGCAUACAUUGGGGGCAACACAAGUUUAUACAACACGAGUUAUCUGCUUACUCCAGACGAAGCAUUGGAAAAUGCAACUUACGCUUACCAAGGGACGAAUGUGAUCGAGUUGAAUUAUGGAGAUCCAGUGGAGAUUGUGUUCCAGGCAAUAGAUUUUGGUCCUGCUGGAGGUCAUCCACUACAUUUGCAUGGUUACAGCUUCUUCCAAGUCGGUAUGAAUAACGGAACUUUUGACAGUACGACUGACCCUGAUUCAUAUAACACGGAUGAUCCAGCAGAGAUGAACACUGCUGUUCUUUUUGGAAGUGGAUGGACAGCCGUUAGAUUUUUCGCAAAUAAUCCUGGGGUAUGGUUUAUGCACUGUCAUUUUGAAUCGCAUGCCAGUUGGGGUAUGGCUACAGCUUUGAUUGUGAAGAAUGGCCCCAUCGAGGACCAAAAAUUGCGAGAGCCUCCGGUGGGACUGCCUAGUUGUAGUGCAUAAGCCUCACAAGUGUUGCUGAAUGUAUUAUACACCCUCUGGUUUUUUACUGAUCAGUGUCUUUCUUCAUGGUUUCUGUUGUAUUACUGAAUGUUUGAUUUUCAUGGGUUGCCAGUAUUUUCAGCAAAAUUUGUUGAGGGUUGCCUGGUUAAUUUUUUAAAUUUAUUUGGUUAGAUCCUAAUGAGGCAAUUGCAUUUUGUUGGUCGGUUCUUGUGUCAUUCAAAGAAAUAAAACGUUCUUGAAUCC